GAUGAAGCACUGGCCUAUAUAAGAACACGACUGGACACGAUGAGACCAGUUUCUAAUUGAGGAGGGCGCAGACGUGGACAAAAAAAUGACCAGAUUCAAACUGUCCCUGUUACUCAUCUUGACGUGCAGUUGCACGACAUUUGCAGAAAAAGCACUGUCAGAGAAUCUCUUCACCUUCUUCAGCAUGCUCAACGGCUACUACAGCAACAAAGUUCAGCUAGUUGUGGAUGAACUAGAUGCUGAGGUGGAAGAUGAACACGACGGUAUCAACGCCAUCUGGAGACCCGUGCCAAUAGCAGCUUUGCCCGAUGAUUGGACUUUUUAUGUGGAGCAGUCCGUCAAUGGAGUUGUUAACAGAAUGCAUAUCGUGGUCUUUUCCGAAGAUGAGUACGGAGUUAUUCACGGUCAGGUGUUAAAUGUUAAACAGCCAAUUGAUUACAAGCCAAAGCAAUAUGAAUAUGCAGACCUGACCAAUGUUGAGUUGGAGUCUGAGCCGUCACCACCCGAGUGUGAACUUUUGUUUACAGGACUGGAAAAGAACGUCAUUGUGGGAAGUUACCCAGAUUGUAUAUCGAAGAAUAAUCGUAAAACCCCCGCCCCUUACAGCUUUACAGUCACGUGUCAUGCAUUCACAUCCUUCGUCUGCAGUCCUUCAACCUUUGAGAGUUUCGCCAGGCUGCCCUAUAUUUUCUACAAAAAACGAAGAUAUGAACUUCCGGCCCAGUGGACCGAGGGAAUUAACUUCACAGUUCCUUGUAACUUUUAACUAACAAGCUGCUCAGCUCAUUGAAAUUACAUCACAGCGUCUACCGUUAUAUCUGGAACCAGUUCUCUGAUAGUAGCUGAAUUAAAUAUUUUUCUUUUUAAACAUU